UGAGUGACGAGAUUUCAUUUGUCAUUACAGAAGCCAUGACACCACAAAGACUGACAACCAAGACCAGAUGGAUUGGAGCAGCGUUGAAAAGAACACAAGUGAAGAGAUGAGUAAGAGGAGUGAAAAGCCUCCCAUGAGUCCCUCUGCCACCCUGCCUGCCAACACGCAGGACGACAGCUUCGGCUCGAGGAAGGCGCGCUCUUCUUUCGGGAAAGGCUUUUUCAAGAUUCGCGGGGGCAAAAAAACAGCCAGCACCCCCAACCUAGACCGCAGCAGGAGUGCAAGUGCGCCUACGUUAGCGGAAACAGAGCAACAGGGCACCGAUCAUUUGGACCUCGCUGGGCUUCCACAGAGGUCUGCGAACAGCGACAGCACCCACACGCUCCCUACGACCCCAGAGGGCAGGAAAAAAUCCAAAGGGAUAAAGAAACUCUUUGGAAAGCUCAAAAGGAGUCAGUCUACAACAUUCGACCUUGAUGAUAACCUACCAGAGGGGGAGUUCAAAAGAGGUGGAGUGCGAGCCACAGCUGGACCUCGACUGGGUUGGUCUCGUGAUCUCCAACGAGCCAACAAUGAUGUCGAUGCACCCUUUGCACGCUGGUCAAAGGAUCAAGUUUGUGACUGGCUGCAGGACCAGGGUCUCGGCCUUUAUGUGAACAUGGCUCGUGUAUGGAUCCGCUCCGGUCAGACGCUUUUACAGGCCUCACAGCAGGACCUAGAGAGGGAGCUGGGCAUCAAACACCCACUGCACAGAAAGAAGCUGCAGCUGGCCCUUCAGGCCCUCGGCUCAGAGGAGGAAGACAAUAAGGGAAAGCUGGACUUCAACUGGGUUACGAGAUGGCUGGAUGACAUCGGUCUGCCUCAGUAUAAAACCCAAUUUGACGAGGGGAGGGUGGAUGGUCGCAUGCUGCACUACAUGACAGUGGAUGACCUGCUUUCUCUGAAAGUAGGGAGUGUCCUGCAUCACCUCAGUAUUAAGAGAGCUAUCCAAGUGCUUCGCCUCAACAGCUACCAGCCCAACUGCUUACGUCGCAGGCCGUCUGACGAGAACAAUAUUUCUCCAGCAGAGAUCUCGCAGUGGACCAACCACAGGGUGAUGGAGUGGCUGCGUUCUGUGGAUCUGGCUGAGUACGCUCCCAACCUGAGAGGCAGUGGUGUGCACGGUGGCCUGAUGGUUCUGGAGCCUCGGUUUAACGUGGAGACCAUGGCUUUGCUGCUCAACAUCCCCCCAAACAAGACGCUGCUGCGUCGCCACUUGGCCACACAUUACAACCUGCUCAUUGGAUCAGAGGCUCAGCAGCUCAAACAAGAGUGUCUUGAAAACCCAGACUACACUCUUCUUACUGCCACCACUAAAGUCAAGCCGAGGAAACUGUCGUUUGGUAACUUUGGCAGUCUGAGAAAGAAGAAGCAGGAGGAGAGUGAAGAGUACGUGUGUCCGAUGGAUGUGGAGAUGCCUAAAGGACGAAGUUUCCAGAAAGGCUUUGAGCUCCAGAUCUACGAGGACGACCUCGACAGGCUAGACCAGAUGGACGACUCUGAAGGAACUGUGAGACAGAUUGGAGCUUUCUCUGAGGGAAUUCAAAACCUGACGAGCAUGCUGAAAGACGACGAAUUCUUCAAAGAGAUUUCAAAUUCACCCAACAACAGUGUAACAGAUGAAGAGUCGAAUGCAUGAGACUGUGAGCACCAUGAGACCUGGUCCUGCUGUGAAAGAAGCCCCCCCCCACACACAGACUUUUCAAAAUGCUGCCAGGUUUCUUUUUAAGAGUAACAUUCAGACAUCAAGUAUUACAGCGUCUUCUUUCUUAUUUCAUUUUCAAAGCGUGGUGUUGUGGAAGCCUUCGGUCCUGUAGGCUCCGUUACUCUUGAACUUGUUCUCUGUUUUUUGUUUUCUGAUGACAGAGGGAACGUUUAGGGCCACACCACUGCCUGUCUGCCAGCUGGAUUCUGGAUACUUUGUACUCGACUGUGUAUAAGCAUCAUUUUAGGGCCGCCCUAACGGGAUUGAGUGAGAGAAUUCAAGCAGCAGAUUUAAGGCAUCUUCAAUACAGCAAUAUCGAUAGAUUUUAAUAUAUGUCUUUUUAAAAUUGCCUUCUUACUGUAGAAAAAAUAAUGUACAUCCAAAUUAUUACAAGUAGGUGUAAAGUUGUAACUUUGAAACAGCUGCUAUGUUUGUUUGUUUUUUACAGAAUUUAACCUUGCUUAUUAAAUGAAAAGUGUCAUUUUAACUUUUUACAGGAUUUCACUUCACGAGUACAUAUCAUAUAAAACAAAGAGUGAUUAAUAUCAUUGCAUGGUUUGGAACUCGACACAUUUAUAUCAGAGCUUCUUCAUUUUAUCUUUCUUAUAAAUGUUUUUUUUAAUGUUUUUAUUUCCAAAGGGCUGGUUGGUUCAGAGUUGAGAUGUCUUCAGGUUCUUUUGAAAUAAUGUUGUAGUUUAACCCUCUACGAAAACAGAGAACACAUCUUUUUUUUUUACCUUCAUUCAUUUCUAAGACCAAUAAAAUAAUUUAAAUCUUU